UUUGCUUACACAAAUUCCAAACCAUUACUCUCUGUAAAUUCAGCUGCAUUUGGAACGCUAUGAUUCGGUCAGCAAUUCUCCGCCAGGCCACCGCAUUUCGCUCGGCAGCGGCAACAGUAGCGAAGAUCGCGCCGGUGACAGGGGUGCGCGCGGCGAGCACAUAUGCCUCGAUUCUGACAAAGGUGCUCGGCCAGGACGUGCAUGUCAAACCCAAGGCGAUUCCGAUCGAGGACGUGGACGCGAUCUUCAAGCAGCCAACGAUCCUGCCGAUGCCGCACAACAUCCCGGUCUGCCGCGUGGCAUUCCAGUCGUUCCAGCUGCAUCGUCUUGACUUCUACAUGGACUUUUGCCGCAAGGCCGCGCAGCACAUGGGAAUUCCGUGCACGGGAGUGAUCCGGCUGCCGCGAGUGACGCGCCGCUGGACCGUCCUGAAGUCGCCGUUCAUCCACAAGUCGUCGAUGGAGGUGUUUGAGCGCCGCACAUACAAGCGCGUGCUGGUGGUGCGUGAUGCUGAUCCCGAGGUUGUCAAGAAGUGGAUCGCGUAUAUUGACAAGAACAUCCCGGCUGGCAUUGGUAUGAAGCACCGUGCCAUUGAGUACGAGUCGCUGGACUACGCUACCCAGAUUGAGAAGAACAUGCAGACUCGCGAUCCGCGCAAGAUCAGCACCGAGGAGCUGAAGGCUGUCGACCGCACCCAGGAGGUCGUCAAGCGUGGUCGCCGCAUGCUAUGGACCACGUACAACAACCUGCCGGUCUACAGCAAGUCAGAUGUUGCUAAUAUGGCGCAGGAUGUUAUCAACCAGCUGAAGACCAACCCGAAGGCUAACAUUGAGGACAUCACCCGCACCGUUGUCAUGGGCACCCGGCCGCCUGUUAACAAAAAGCCCAAGAAGGCCAAGGCUAGCACUGAGCCAAGCACCCCUUCCAAGGCCGAGAAGUAGACCAAAAAUGCACUAAAUGCAAACACGUUUCUUUGACUGCUACAUGCGC